UUCCCAGUCAAUACACCCUUAUAUAAACGUCCACAUCAAUCUUCUUCCACGAUCCUGAAACCCUUCUCCAUCCCCAUAUUACAAUUUUACUCCCAAAAAUGGCUGCAAAUGGCAUUAUCGCUUCCUUCUUCCGCGUCAAAAAGCUCUCAGAUAAGGCUGUUUUGCCCUCUAGAGGCUCCCCUCUCUCUGCUGGCUAUGAUCUCUCCAGUGCGAUGGAGACGAAAGUGCCUGCCAGGGGAAAGGCUCUAGUAACUACAGAUCUUAGUAUUGCCGUUCCUGAAGGAACAUAUGCGCGCAUAGCUCCAAGAUCAGGAUUGACCUGGAAGCAUUCUAUAGAUGUUGGGGCAGGUGUUAUUGAUGCAGACUAUAGGGGACCAGUUGGUGUUAUACUUUUCAACCAUUCUGAUGUUGAUUUUGAAGUGAAAAUUGGUGACAGAAUAGCUCAAUUAAUCAUUGAGAAAAUCAUUGUGCCAGAUGUCGAGGAGGUUGAUGAUCUAGACUCCACAGUUAGGGGCUCUGGAGGCUUUGGAUCCACCGGUGUUUGAAACCUUUGGCUUGAAUUAGAAUCAUAUUGAUCACUAUAUUUACCAGGAUCUUCUGAUGUGUAAAUUUUGCUGCCGCAUGACUUGUGCUUUAUGCUUUGUCAAUGUUGAUCUCUGUGUUUUCUAAAUGACAUUUGUUUAAGUCAUGAUAUAAGUUUAGGUUACUGUUCAAUGGGAAUUAAAUUUGGUCA